UCCUCCUUUGACUCCGGGUGAAACUACUUUUAUUUUUUGUGAGGGUUACUCACAUUAUAAUUUAAGUAGUAUGUGUUGGUAACAUUGGGUUGUAAUUCUGUCCUGUACAUCUUCUUACUUGUCUGUAAAUGUUAUGACUGACUAUGUAUGUGUGAUAUGUUGACACAAAAACACAUAGAAGUCACUAAAAGGAGUUAGGUGGUCCACCUCCCCCAUUUCAUGACUGGUAUGUCCCAACCACAUAGCCCCUUUGCAGCAGGAUUGGUGCAACCUGUUUCUGAAUUUAAUUAUUCAACCCCCAGCACUUUUGUGGUAAGUGUGGCCAAUCUACCUUGAUCUUAACCUAUUUAUUAUAAACCAACUGCAUUGUGUUGCGCUUAAGUUGCAGCUUGGUAGGGAAAUAAGCAGUGAUGGCAUAAUUAUGUUGAAAAACUAACUUUAAAUCAGAUUUUGAUAACACUAAAGUUGGGUUGUACACUUUGUGAGGUCUCAGGAUGCUUGGUCCUGCUAUAGUGAGGCAUUUGCUUAUGCUGGUAUUUUAAAAUGAACAGUAACUUUCGCAUUAUAAUAAUUGCCUUUCUUGAUAUGGAUCUAAUUGUACAAAUAUGUUUCGGCUUGUUUCAUCUUGCAUAUUAAAAUGCAGCAUUUUAUUCUGAAUCUCUUCAUCUCCUUUUUUUAUUUUUCCAGCUAUAUUUAAAUAUAACAGCUUUAAAGAAAGAAGACAAUUGUAGGUAAACAGGUGCAGUUUGUCUACAUUAGAGUAAAGCACCACCACACUCUUUAAGAUGUCGGCUUCUUCUCGGGCUAAAAGACGUAGAGUUAACAAAUUAUUGAAAGAGACAGAGCAGCAAAUCCUCACCGAGUAUAAGUUAAUAGUUAAUGCUAAUCCAAGGAAGAAACAGGAGAAAUAUCAUGUUGCAGCCUCUUGUCAGUGCAGGUUGGAUGUACUACCUUUUCAAGAUAUUUCAGACUUGCCACUAAACAGACGACUAACUAUCAGUGCUGUGAAUGAAAAUACUGACUUGCCAGGUGAGUCAGAAGCACAUUUUGAAAGUAUAGUGGAGGAUGAGCUUGACAGUGAUGACAAUAAUGAUUUGCUCAGGACAAGUUUAAAGUAUUGGGCAACAUCCUAUUCAAUCUCUCUGGUUGCACUGUCAUCUUUGCUGUCUAUUUUGACAAUGUUUCACCCUACCCUACCAAAAGAUGGGAGAACAUUGCUUGGAACACCCAGAAAUGUGCCCAUCACUACAAUUCAAGGGGGAGAUUAUUAUCAUUUUGGAAUAGUCAAAGGGGUGCUUUCACGGUUGGCAUGUUUGUGUGUACCAUCAACUAUGACUACUAUUAAUAUCCAGUUUAAUAUAGAUGGCUUACCUUUAUUUAAAAGUUCCAAACUUCAGUUUUGGCCCAUACUUGGAUGUCUGACAUGUGACUACACAAAGUCCCCAUUUGUUGUAGGCAUUUUUUGUGGUCUAAGCAAGCCAGUGAGUGUUUUUGAGUACCUGGCUCAGUUUGUCAAAGAUCUUCAGAAUGUAUUGUGUAAUGGCAUUAUUUAUAAUGGUAAGCAAUUUAAUGUAGAAAUUUCUGCCUUUAUUUGUGAUGCGCCGGCAAGAGCUUAUAUUAAGCAGGUCAAAGGAUUCAAUGGCUAUUCAGGUUGUGACAAAUGCUUUCAGGAGGGUGUAUGGAUGAAUAAAAUGACAUUUCCUGAAACAAAGCAUAAACUUAGGACAGACUCCAGUUUCUCUGACAUGGUUGAUGAGGAACAUCACAUUGGAAAGAGCCCUUUAUCUGGUUUAGUUAAGAUGGUUUCUAUGUUUCCACCAGAUUACAUGCAUGUCUGUUGUCUCGGAGUUACAAGGAAAAUGCUUCAUAUAUGGUUAAAGGGGAAACAUUUAGCAACAAAGUUUCCUUCCCAAACUGCAGCAGGCAUUUCAGAUAAACUCCUAAAGCUACGUUUCUACACGCCUUCUGAGUUUAACCGUAAACCAAGGGGACUGUCGGAGAUAGAUCGGUGGAAAGCUACUGAGUUCCGAUCCUUCAUGUUAUAUUGGGGUCCUGUUGUUUUGAAGGAUUCACUCCCCAGUGAGCUGUAUGACAAUUUUAUGUUGUUUUCCGUUGGAAUGUACAUGUUGCUGUCCCCUAGUAUAUCUGAGGAAAUGUUAGCCUUUGCACAAAAGUUGAUGGUUGCUUUUGUUGAACACUUUGGGGAAUUAUAUGGAAAAGAUGAAAUUGUGUACAAUAUACACCAGCUUACUCAUUUGGCUGAAGAAUACAGGAGGUUCGGCAAUCUAGAUAAUAUAUCAGGAUUUCCUUUUGAGAAUUGUCUUGGUCAAAUUAAGCAUCUUCUACGCAAGCCACAUCAGACACUACAACAGGUAGUUAAAAGGUUGUCUGAAACCUCACAUGUUGGACCCACAUGUUCUAGAGAUUAUCCAAAGUUGCUUAACAUCCACAUUGAUGGUCCAGUCCCCACACAGUUUAUUUCUUCACAACAGUACAGGAAGGUCUCCACUCAUCGGUUUACUUUGUCCACAAAGAAAGGAGACAAUUGUGUUGAAGUUGGAGAUGGAUUUGCAUUAAUAGAGAAUAUUAUUAAAUCAGAAGAGGAUACAUAUAUAAUCGUCAGAAUGUACGGACACAAACAGCCAUAUUACAUGUAUCCCUGUGAAUCAUCAUACAUUGGCACAUACAAAGUCAGUGGCUUGAAAGAAAAUAUAGGGGUAGUUGGACUGGCCUCUAUCAAGCGCAAAUGCCUUCUCUGUCCAGACAUGGAUGGUGCCAUUGUAAUACCACUACUUCAUUUAGCAUAGUCAUGCUGCCCUGCCAAAGUGCAGUAUCUGUAACUGAGAUGUAUAUCAUGGCAUAAAUUACCUAAAAAUAACAUUUAUCUAAUUCUUACCUGUGCAAAUAACAUGUUUGACUGGCCAAAAACUACAAUGUCUGUAGUGCACUUUGGCUUUGAAGAGUGAAAUGGGGAUGACCUGUAAGGAGAUAUCAUGAGUAGUUCUCAUUUCAUCCCUAGCCCUUCGAAGAUGAGUAGAGAGGCACUGUGGUCAGUUGUACAGUUCCCAAAUGGUGGGACAGCAGUAGUUCUAGAGAGCUGGUUUAAAGCUGAGGAACAGACGCUGUUAUGGCCCCCAAAACACAUAACACUCAAGAAAGCCCUUCGAGACGGAAUGCAACCAGACGACAAAUGGAUCACCUAUACGGAUGUACGAGUCCUCAUUACGUGUGAGACCCUUGAUGAGGCGAAAAAACGAGAGACAAAAUAUAACACCACAAUGU